AUGGGGUCCAAACGACGAGAAUCAGCCUUGACUAAAUCCAUCCAAGCAGGCUUGCUUCGCGACCCAAAUCGAUUCAAAAAGACCUCAUGGGGUCGAUUUAUAGCAUUUUUCACCGUGCGGCGAAUCAAGCUCGUCCGAUUUGAGAGCGACUUGUUUUGCAAGCUACGACAGGAAGUCUGGAAAUUCAAGGAAGACGAUUAUCAAGCAAGCUUUCGCACCAACAGCGGCCAGCAGGCUCUCAAGGCUAUAGGUGAUCUGGGGUAUUCUGGAUCGUCGUUUUUUAGCACCUUCGAUGGAUGCUUCGUGAUUAAAAGUCUGCCUCGAAGAUUUGAAUACUCUUUCUUCGAAGCGGACCUGCUUGAGCCAUAUUAUGAAUAUAUGGUGAAAAAUCCAGAUUCUGCAUUGGUUUGGAUUACCGACUACAUAGUCGCACCAUAUACGACCUUAGGCACGCUUUUUGGCUGCACACCGGCGCAUCAUAUCAUCAUGGAGAAUAUCCUUUGUGGCCAACCCGAUGACCCCAAUGGUCAGAAAUGGGAAACGUACGAUCUCAAACCAAUUGACUAUUUCUAUCCCGAGCGGGAUCUCAUGCCUGAGUCUCUUGUCAGUGAGGAGACCCUGAGCAGGCUUGCGGAUACAUUCAGCGACAAAUUACAUCUCUGGCGGAAAGAUUAUGCCACUUUCUGGGACUCCCUCAAAGCCGACACCAAAUUUUUGCAAGAGGCAAACGCUGUUGAUUAUUCUUUGUUCCUUGUGAGAAUUCCAGCUUCCUCUCAGCCUACUGCUCUGGGACGACAAAGUCCCUGGAGGACGGGGUUGCUGUCUGCCGAUGGCAAGUGGAAAUAUCGUGCGGUGAUAUUGGACUUCUUCUGGGCUCGGCACAAGUUACAAGCCCAGGCUCUGUCUGGAGUGGUACAAACCUUUAAUGUUGUUGGUCGUCAGGGUCCUAUGUCUAUCACAACGACGUCGACAGAGUAUCGUCAGAAUUUCCUUAAGAUGAUUGAAGAAAUGAUUCAGAUUCAUUGA